AUGACAAUAUUAUUAUUUAAUGGAGAAAAAGAUGCCUAUUGGUGGAUUCUUUGUUUUGAGAAAUUUUUUAAAGAGCAUGGAACACCUGAGUCAUUGAAGGUGUUGAAAGUUGUUGGAGCUUUGAGAGGUUCUGCUCUGAAAUGGUGGAUAUGGGGGUCUCGUGUUCAUUGUAGAUAUAGUUGGGAUACAUUUACAACAAAUUUGUUAUGGAGAUUUAAACCAGAAUGGAGAGAAAUUUUGCCAGAAGACGAAGAGGAUGAUCCAACUCUGAAAUCAACUUAUGAAUCAAUGGAAUCCAUGGAUCCAAUCUCUGAAACUGUUGAAGAUGAUGUAGAAGAACCAUCAUCAUCAGAUCUAUGUAGAAAAUCUCUUAAAAGUGACACCUUAGAUCGAACUUUAACGGAAACAGAAGAAGAAUCAGAAGCAACAGAAGAAAAUUGUCCAAAAGAAGAAAUAAUAACGAAAAAUGCAUCUCCGGCGACAAUUCUGACAUCUUCUCCAGCAACAUUUACCACUCCAACAACAUUACCGGUAACUUCUUCAGCGACAUUUACCACUCUGACAACAUUUCCGACAAAUUCUCCAGUCCCAUUUUCAAAGUCUUCUUCGUUGAAAAUCUCGGCCUCACUUCCGACGACUACUUCAGCAUCAAUACAAGAACCAUCAUAUCUGCAACCAGAACCACCAAACCUACCAUCGAAACCUCCCGAUAUAAAACCGAAACCAAGGUAUGAAGCUUUCCAAGUCAUUCUGUCAAAAACAUCGAGCAAAAAUCUCUUCAACAAAGUUUCACAUUCGAUUAAUUCUACUAAAGAAAAAUCCUUCAACAAAGUUUUUAUAGUUGAACAUGUUUAUCUUGGUGGUGAUGUUGCUACCAUGGAUAAGCAAAUGCGUCAUCUGGGUAUUGUUGUUUCUGAUGAAUUCACGUUCCCAUUUGUGAGUAGAGCUUGUGGUGGUUAUGCAGAGGUUUUGGAGGUUAAGAAGAUUCAUGGAUUGUUGUUUAAGCUUGGGUUGGAAUUAUAUGUUUUUGUUGGAAGUGCUUUGGUUAAUACUUACUUGAAAUUUGAAUUGGUGGCAGAUGCACAUGAGGUGUUUGAGGAACUGCCUGUUAGAGAUUUGGGCAAGACAAAUACCACACUUUCAUUUGCAAUCCACGCCUCAGAACAACUAAUUGGGGUUUGUGCAGCCAAAACACACAACUUUUCUACAGCCAAAACACACAACUUUUCUGCACUGCUGGAUCUUCAUAAAAUUUCUUUGGAAAAAUCUGUCACAUAUUUCGUUAUAGAGAGGAACAUAGGAAUGUUGGAUGCUCAUGACUCAAAGUUUUUUUUAGUUUACACUAAACACUUUUAG